CCGCCGUUCCCCCCCGCCCCUCGCUGUUCCGCCGGUGCAUUGUGGGAUACUGGCGGCGCGGCUCGGCAGCGCCCCCUCCCUCCCUCUCCCCGCUCCCCCCUCUUUCCCCUCAGCGCCUUCUCCAUCCUCAGGUCCAAGAUGGCGGCGGCGGCGGCGGCUCCUCCGGCCCCAUCUCCGCCUGCCCCUCCUCCGGCGGGCCCGUGCUGCCCCGGCUCCUGGCCUAACUUCGCCGUCGUCUGCUCCUUCCUCGAGCGCUACGGGGCUUUACUGGACCUGCCCGAGCUGCCUUUCCCCGAGCUGGAGCGCGUCCUGCAGCCGCCGCAGGAGCCUGGAGAUCAGGUUCCAAAAGAAUUGGUGGAGCUUCACUUGAAACUGAUGAGAAAGAUUGGCAAGUCUGUCACAGCAGACAGAUGGGAAAAAUAUUUGAUCAAGAUAUGCCAAGAAUUCAACAGCACGUGGGCUUGGGAGAUGGAAAAAAAAGGAUACCUGGAAAUGAGCGUUGAAUGCAAACUGGGGAUUCUGAAGUAUCUCUGUGAAUGUCAGUUUGAUGAUAACCUCAAGUUCAAGAAUAUCAUUAAUGAGGAGGAUGCUGACGCCAUGCGCCUUCAGCCCAUCGGUCGUGACAAGGAUGGCCUCAUGUACUGGUAUCAGCUGGAUCAAGAGCAUAACGUCAGGAUGUACAUAGAAGAGCAGGAUGACCAGGAUGGAUCCACUUGGAAGUGCAUUGUUAGGAACCGCAAUGAGCUCGCUGAGACCCUGGAGCUGCUGAAGGCACAGAUUGAUCCUGCCCUGUUGAAACCCAGCAAUGCUCAGCAGGAGAAUUCAUCCCGUGAAAGCCCCAGCAUAGAAGAUGAAGACACCAAAAAGGGUGCAGAAGCAUCUACACAAGAAAAUCAAGUGAAAAUCAAAGAAGAGAAAGAAGAGGUAGAGGAACAGGUGAUGGAAUCAGAAACACUCCCUCUUCCUGCGCUCAAAGAAGAUGAAAACACCCUGAAAAUGGAGAAAGUGGAAGAAAAAGAAAUCAUCAAGUUGCCAGUAAUAGUAAAAUUAGAGAAGGCUUCAGAAUACGCUGAAGAAAAGCAAACUGUCAAAGAGGAAAGUGACUCCUUCAAAGAAAACGUCAAGCCCGUUAAAGCCGAGGUGAAGGAGAACAAAAUAGAGUCAAAAGACUUAAAAGAAGUCAAAAGCUGCACGGAUAAAAUGGCAGUGCACGAGCCUGAGAGGUUAGAAUUUUGUGUUAAUGUCAAAACUCCCCAAGAAAUAGUGGAGAAGUCAGUGGAAGAAAGUGAGAAGCUGAAAAAUGACCAGCAGGCCAAAAUACCGCUUAAGAAGCGAGAGAUCAAGCUGACGGAUGACUAUGACAGUCCAAUCAAGGGGCCUCUGUGUAAGUGUGUGACUCCAACAAAGGAUGUCUUGAAGGAAGAAGGGAAACCUGAAGAAGAAGCUUUUAAGAGAGUCCCUACAAUCACUGCUUUAUGUCCUGAUGGGAAAGUGCUGGUGAAUGGAGAGGUGAGCUGCGAAAAGCUAACCCCAAGCGUCAUACAGAAUAACAAGCCGGAGCACUCUGCUGGUGCAAAGGAAGAGAGCAGCUCCUUGAAGGAGAAAAAUGGGAAGAGUGGGGAAAAGGGGUCAGAGUCCCUGAAUUCUGUUAGUAGAAUCAUCAAAACGGGUGAGGUGGAGAAGAACGCAGUGGCUGUGCCGAAGGAGAUCGGGGCUGCGGGCUCCGAGGCUUCUAAUCAGAAAGUGCCUUUAAAGGAGGAAUCGAGUCCUGCGGAGAAGGAGCCCCCUGACAGCACAGCCACUGACGUGGUAGUGGAAGAGCCUUUGAACCCUGAAGCCUGUGCCAAACCAAGUGAAGAGAAACCAGCCACAAACAUCAAGCAGGAGAGACUCUCGCCACCCAAAGAAUGCUUAGAGAAGGUAGAGAAGUCCCCACCUGCAUCUGCUGCUGCAGAGCUGCCCAACCCAGCACUAACUGAUGAAGAGCCUUUGAAAGGGAAAGGUGAGUCUGAGGAGAGAGCUGCCUCUCCAAAAGCUGCUGCCACACCCCCUGCGCCUGCUUCUCCUGCUGCUUUAGAGAGCUCUGGUUUGGAAAAGGAGGGCUCUGAAAGUAAAACGCCUCAACCUGAGCAGAGCAAAGAGGAAAGAUCCAGCCCUGAAAAACAAGAGGAGGAGCCAGAAGCUGCCAAGCCAGAGCCACAUAGAUCAGAUGAUGCCCAUGCUUCGAGUCUAGAAGACUCCUCGGAGAGUAAAAAGGAUGCUCCAGUUCCUAAAAGCAAGUUUAAAUAUAAGCUAGUGUCUGAAGAAGAAAGCUGCACGACAGAUAACAAAGAAAUCACUUCUGAAAGGCAGAAAGAAGGGAUUAAAUUAACCAUCAGGAUCUCCAGUCGGAAGAGGAAGGCAGAAACGCCGCCAGAAGAGGUCAGCAUCGGCCGCACGUUGAGGAGAUCUCCAAGGAUAUCCAAGCCCACUCCAAAGGUUGUGGAGACUCGGGAUCAGAAAGCGGACAAAAAGCGACAGGAGGAGGAGGAGGAGAAACCUGCAGCAGCACAAAAACCGGAACGGAAAGAAGAUGCAAAGAAACAAGAGAAGGAAUCAAAUUCCAAGGUUAACAAGAGAAGCAAAGUUCGGUGGACGGGUACGAGGACACGCGGCCGGUGGAAAUACUCAAGCAACGAUGAAAGCGAGGCCUCAGAGAGUGAAAAAAACUCGGAGGAGGAGGAGGAAGAGGAAGAGGAGGAGGAAGAAGAAGCUGCCCCUGCUGAUGACGAUGAGCCGUGCAAGAAGUGUGGCCUUCCCAAUCACCCUGAGCUGAUUUUGUUGUGUGACUCCUGUGACAGUGGGUACCACACAGCCUGCCUUCGCCCUCCCUUGAUGAUCAUCCCUGAUGGAGAGUGGUUCUGCCCACCCUGCCAGCAUAAAUUACUCUGUGAGAAGUUGGAAGAACAAUUACAAGAUCUGGACGUGGUCUUAAAGAAGAAGGAGCGUGCGGAGCGCAGGAAAGAGCGGUUGGUCUACGUGGGGAUCAGUAUUGAGAACAUCAUCCCACCUCAGGAGCCAGAAAUACCCGAAGGUCACGAAGAGAAGAAGAAAGAUUCCAAAAAGCCCAAAUCAAAGCUGCUUGAAAGGAGAUCCACCCGAACCCGCAAGUGCAUAAGCUACAGGUUUGAUGAAUUUGAUGAGGCAAUUGAUGAAGCCAUUGAAGAUGAUAUCAAGGAGGCUGAUGGAGGAGGCAUUGGCAGAGGCAAAGACAUGUCCAAUAUCACAGGUCACCGUGGAAAAGACAUUUCCACAAUCCUAGAGGAGGAAAGGAAAGAAAACAAGCGACCCCAAAGGGCUGCUGUGGCACGGCGCAAGAAACGACGGCGACUGAAUGACCUGGACAGCGACAGCAACCUGGAUGAGGAGGAGAGUGAAGAGGAAUUCAAGAUCAGUGAUGGAUCUCAGGACGAGUUUGUUAUAUCAGAGGAGAACCUGGAUGAGAGUGAAGAUGACCCCCCGUCAAACGAAGACAGCGAUUCCGAGUUCUGUGCCCGCAUCUCCAGGCGACACCUCUCCAGGCCCAUGAGGCAAAGCAGGAGGUUACGAAGGAAAACAGUCAAGAAAAAAUACUCUGAAGAUGAUGAAGAUGAAGAUUCCGAGGAGAAUUCAAGCAGAGAAUCUGAGAGCGGUGAUUACACAGAUUACAGCGACGAUGAUUACCUGGAAACCAGGAGGAGAAGAUCACGACGGAAUCAGAAGAGACAAGUCAAUUAUAAGGAGGAUUCUGAAAGUGAUGGCUCACAGAAGAGUGUCCGAUACGGGAAGGAGUUAAGGAGAGUCCAUAAACGCCGGCUCUCCACUUCGGACAGUGAAGAGAGCUACACAUCGAAGAACUCUGAAGAUGACGAAUCCACAAAGGAGUCCAAGCGAUUGAUCCGGAAGCGCCGGCGAAGUACAGACGACUACAGUGAGGAGGAAGGGGAGGAGGAGGAGGAGGACGAGGGGCGGCCUGUCCGCAAACGGCUCAACCGGAUCGAAACGGACGAGGAAGACACCCUUGAAAACACCAACGAUGACACCGAGAAACCUGCUCCUGCGAACAAGCUGCCAGCAGCACAGGCUCCUCAAGACAACAGCAAGAAGCACUGCUACCGGAUAGAGAGCGACGACGAAGAUGACUUUGAUAACGUAGGGAAAGUAGAGAGCCCUUUGGACUACAGCCUGGUGGAUUUGCCUUCCACCAACGGACAGAGCCCAGGGAAAACCAUUGAGAACUUGAUUGGGAAGCCAGCUGAGAAGACCCAAGCCCCCAAGGACAGCACAGCCAGCGCCAGCCUGGCGCCCAACGGCACGGGGAGCGGGCAGGAGGCGGUAGGGCCGGAGGAAGAUGAAGAUGAACUCUUGCGAGUGACUGACCUUGUUGAUUACGUCUGUAACAGUGAACAGUUAUAAGACUUCCAUUUUUUGUGCUAAUUUAUUCCACGGUAGCUCAUACCAGCGGGCCAGUUCUUAAAAGCUCUUUUAUUUUUCCUAGAAAACUCGCCACUACAGUAUCACUUUUUAGAAGCAAGAAUUUCACCAGUCCUGCAGUCUUUCUGUGAAGUGACCAGUUUUGAACUCUGAAGAUGAAUUGCUGUAAAGUCCCUCUCUCUUUACCCCUUCCUCCCCUUUCUCCUUCCAAGUCCAUGGUCCUGGGUAAUUUCACUCACAAAAACCUUAUAACAACAAGAGAUUUGUAUAUUUUUGACUUUAUAUUUCCUUGAGUGCAUACAAAUUUGUGGAAAUGGGUGGCCUAAGAAAGCAUUCCAAAUCGGUCAGGGCCCAAACCGGAGCUGGGGUGGGUUUGGCUCAAAGCAAAGGGGGGGGGAGGGUGGGUGGGGGGGUGGGAAGGGGUGGGUGCAGAAGCACUUGUGCUUUAGCUUUUUCAUAUGAGAUAUAUAUUAUAUUUAAAUGUUCACAACUUAGAUGACAACUUAACAGACAGUGAAAGAUUAAAUGUCUGUACUGUCGCAUUUUGUGAGUUGUAGGUUAACAACCAUAGCUCAUUUUAGUAAUCACCUUCAUGGAGAUGCAGUUUUGAUUUUUGAAUACUGGAGGCAAACAGAAUCCUUAGAGGCCAAGAAGGUACCAUAAACAAGAACUCUACUAUCCAUUAUGACUUGCAGACUUUCCUAAUAAACAUCCUUUAAAGUGUUUGUACAGUAAAGUGUACUGUAAUGAAGUUUUUGGCAGCCCAAACACUCUUGCCAUCAGUCUCGAAAGCUGUCUCAUCCGAUGCUCCUCGAUGCACAGUGUCUAGAGGGAGGAUGUAUCAAGGUGAAGCUAUCUGUAAGCUGGAUGGCAUCUUGACGUGCUGGAAGCUUGUACAGACACAAAGAAGCCUGUAGCUGCCUGGCCGCUCGAGUUUCACCGUGUUGGAGUAUUCCCAGCAAAAUCCGUGCGUGCAAACAGCCGUGACCACCAGAAUGACAGUGCAUCAGAGGAUUGAGGGAUUUACAACUAAACCACCACUGGUCCAUUCAUGUCCUUAAUAUCUACUUCAAAUUGAAGUAAACAAAUGGAACAGUUUUCCUUUGGGAGGUUUUCUGUUUGGGGUUUGUGUGUGGUUUUUGUUUCGCUUUUACUUCUCUGCCUGGAUGUUAUUAGCGGGUUUUGAAUGUAGCGUUGGCCUUUGGCCACUAGGGUUUCCUUAAUCCAUGUUAAUAAUUGUCCUGUGACCCAGCUGGUUUCAAGAAGGCAGUGUUUGUGAGAGAAAACCCUCGGCUCCAAGACAUCCCAUCGCCUUUUGAGUGGGCAUGAAGUGAUCUGUGCUUUUACUCAAGGAUAAGACAACCCCAACCAACAUGGGGCAUAUAUACAGAGCUGAUGUGGUUUGGGUAGCAUUCAGCUUUCUCUUUACUCUGACUCCAGAUGCAGGCUGUAGCAUUUGCUGUAGCACACGGACAGCUGACAUCUGCCAAACACUGCAACCCAACAAGGUCACAUCUGUUAAUCCUCUUGCUCUGAGACUGGGAUUUUUGACUGGUGUUGAUGUCCAUUGCCGGCAAUGGAUGCACCAAAACUGCUGCUGCCACCGAGGAGUGAGUUCUCCUUCCCCACCCCAUCCCCUUCCAUUAUAUUGUAUUUCCUAGUCAGUCAUGAAGCACUUCUGUUCUCUUGGCAUUCAACUGGCAUUAGGCCUUUACUAAAUACCUCUCUAGAAAGCCUACAUCCCCAAACUGCCUGCCUUCUGGCCUUUGUUGCCCCAUCUCUUUCUAUCCAAACCACUCUCUGACUCUUCCUCAUCUGGGUUCCAGCAGCGCACAUAUCCUGCUGCAGAGCUAGAAUCAGAUGGAACUCACUAUCUGCUGUGCUAAGCAAGCUUGUACCUUAAAUGAGAAAUCACUCUAAAUGAGAACCUGAUUCCAUUACAGAUUAACUCUUUUCCCACCUUACUGCUGUUAACUAAGCUUUCAUUCCUAAAACAGGGUAAUGAAAAGCCACAGAAGCGUAGGAUGAAGUUCUAAAGAGCCUGUUGUAGCAUUUUAAGCUACUCUAGUGGUUUUCUUUGCUUAAGUGAUGCAUAAAUGUAGUGCUGCUACGUUUCUAAUACACUUACGUUUUAAACCAAGCAAGAACAUAGUUUCUGCUUCUCAAUGUUCAUUUCUAAUAUUUGCCAUGGAAACUGGUCCAUGUGCAAGUGAUGGAUUCUCAUUUGUUUUGGCAGUGCCAUAAUCUCUUUUGCUGCCUGAUGGAGCCUUUUAGGAUCUGAUCAGUGCUGUAGCAAACGUUCUUGCCUCUAGAGUCAUCCCAGAUGUUAAAUACAUGGUGUGCGAGUAAUUGUGAACAUAGGAAGAUACAAAAGGGUUGAGAUACUGAAUAUACCAACCAGGAGGAUACCGAGUUAGGGACUGAUGUGAAAGUGGGAAAGACCAGGAAGCAGAAUUGGAGCAUUGAAGCUUACAUCAGGAAUGUCAUGUUUUAAAAGCAGGGAAUGACAAGUUGUGUCCAAGUUUCACUUCUCAAAACCCAGCUUUUC